GUUCCUCGGUCGAGGGCCAACCAAGGUUGAUGAUGGUGAAAGCCCCAUCCACGACGUCCUCAAAGUAGGCAUGAUGACUGUAGUUGCUCGGCGACAUUUUCUAAAAUAAACCCAAGUUCCAUGGCCUGGAUGAAGCCUGCUGGCUGGGCGAAGUCAUAAGUAGCCGAAAUGUGACCGGUCAGGCUAGUAUAAGAAUCUUGCGGCCCAAGCAUCGUGAACUGUCUAUCAGGAUUGCCAUUCGUAAACAAUAGUACUAUCUUCAACCAACGUGGACGGAACGAAAGAAAGAAAAAAGGUGCAACAGGAUCAUUCAAGAUAGCAAUCAUGGCCGACUCGACUACCCAUGCGAAUAACAAAUACUUCGAUAAGGAGGCGGAGACCUACGAUACCAAGCAUGCGAAGACCCUCGACUAUAUCAUGCAAAGGAUCCGCGCUGAGCGGGAUUUCAUCGGCGCCGACUGGAUUGAUGAGGAUGACGACAACGACGACGAUGGCAAGGCGGGAACGACCAAGACCAUCAGGCUGCUCGACUAUGCUUGCGGGACGGGGAAUAUCUCGAGGGCUCUGGCCCCUUACACAACCCAAUGCGUGGGAAUAGAUCUCUCCAAAGGCAUGGUAGAAGCAUACAACGCCCGCGCCCGAAACCAGGGCCUCUCCCCCUCCGAAAUGGCCGCCUACCAAGGCAACCUCUGCUCCCCACGCGACGACGACGCACCGCCACAGGACCUCUCGGACCUCGCGCCGCCCGCCUCCUUCGACGUCGCGGCCGUCGGCCUGGGCUUCCACCACUUCGAGGACCCGGACCUGGCGGCGCGCCGCCUGGCCGACCGCCUGCGGCCGGGGGGAGUGCUUUUCAUCGUCGACUUCCUCACGCACGAUGGGGCCCUGCCCUCCGGGGCGGAGGAGGCAAAGGCGACGGUGGCGCACCAGCACGGGUUCUCGGAGGGGAGGAUCAGGGAGGUGUUUGAGGGGGCCGGGGUCGGGGCCGGGUUUGGGAUCGUGGAGAUUGGGACUAUUAAGGCGCCUAGGCAUGAUGGGGGCGGUGGUGGGGGUGGGGGUGAGGGCCAUGAGCCGGCGCCGAAGAGGGUUUUUCUUGCUAGGGGGACGAAGGUUUGAUGGGAGGAGGAGGAUCGCAUCUUUUUUUCUCUACGGGCUGAUUAUGAAGAAGAGGGGAGGAACUUGGGGGCGCAGAGGACGGUAGGUAGAUUUUCUAGCUAGCAUGUGUCGAUCUCGGCCAUCUUUCCAAGCCGAGUUCGUGGUCAGAUCUAAAUAGGGGCUAUUCGAGGU